GAUUCACCUCUCAAAAACGUAUUGUCUCUGAUGAAUCAAACCUCCGUAGCUUCUUGCCGUUCCUUUACUGUUUGUAUGCCCAGGUUCUAUGCAUAGAACUUACAUUGAUCCACGAGCUUUCUCAUUCUUCAACCUGCAAGAGGACAAUGAUAUGGCGACUUGGAAACGAACAAGCCAAAACAAGAUGUAUUCCUCUUCAAGCACUGGGUGGUUUGACAUCAGGUCUUUCAAGCGCCUGAAAUUUUGAGCUUGUUGUGAAAUGCAGAUCCCUUGACCAUUAGCAUGGAGGUUGGUAUCAAACACGGUAAGAUGCUAUGAUAAAGAUGUUGGCCCCUUCAUCAGCCUUUGUGUCUUUGGCCAAUCUAUGUCCUAAUUUUAUAUCCUCAAUAUCUCCUUCUUUUCUACAGUUCUUAACAUCCAAACCUCCACUUUCUCUUCAUGAUGGCUGAAGUUGAACAGGCUAAUACACAGAGCUCUAUCUCGCCUCAAACUGCUCCCGGCUUAGAACCUGUGUUACAACCUUAUUCUAACACAGUACCUCCGACAGACAACUCAGUCUGUUUAGUUGAUAUUCCAGCUAGCGAUACCGCUCAGCAAGUGCCAGCGAGAGUCUUACCGGAGAAAUCAGUCCCAGAAUCUUCAGAUGAUGAAGUAGAGUUUGUGUUUUCAGUCCCUCGACGAAGGAAGAAAAAGCACAGAAGGCUUGAACUUCCAUCAAAAUACACGCAAAUCAACUUGGCUAGUCCCAUUUCGAGUGCCGGAGUUAUAGGUGCUUGUCCAUCGUCAGAGAAGCUCAUAGCUGAUAUGGCUCCUUUGCUUGAUCCUUGCAGUGAACCUGAUGAGAUGAACAGAGCUAGAUGCUAUUCUGUCAAUGCGACAGACAAGACUGCCAUAUUCGAUACCUCCAUACAGCCGUUGAAAGUUCCACAAUCAGAGCUACCCGAGUCAUCUCAUUCCCAUAUUUCUCAAAAUAUACCGUUCAAAAUCCCACCAUCUUGGUAUGCCAAAUUCAUACUUCCGCCACCUUCGCCAACAUCAUCAUAUUAUUAUGCAAACCCCACAACCGUCACAACACCAGAGCAAGACCAUGCAAAAAAACGAAAGCACCAAGAUUCAAGUGAAAAUUCAAAUCAUGUGUCUCCAUACGUGUCCUCAGCAUCUAAGUAUCUUCCAAGACCCAAUGUCUUACCGUCUAACUCGAAUCCUAGCCCUGUUUAUGGCCAUACGGGGUUUGUGGACUUUUUGGAAGAUCCAAAUGUGCCAACUACCUUCGGAGGAGUACCUCUCCCUCUUCCGCCACAUCGGCCAAUUAUACCUGGCUGGCAAGACUUUUCCUGGAAACAACCAGGUUACUCAACUCCAAAGCGCACACCAUCUGUUGAUCCACGAGCAAGAGUAUUUUCUAACAUCAACAACGACUCGGAUUGGCACCGCAAAUAUUAUUUUGGUGUCGUUGAUCCAAAUUGUCGAAACACGCAACAAGUUACCUUUGGAAAUUCGCCCACGGAGAGAUGCGCGCAAGAAAUGGUGUCACCCAAAACAAUUCCUCUUAUAACUCAAACCAAACCGGUGUCAUAUCCUUCAAUUCAAACAAAGCUAGUUCCGGAAUCAUGUCACAUGCCCACAAAAAUGUCUACAUCUGCUAUAACUACCUGUCCUGUGCAACCUUCUUUGAUAAUUUCAUCAAAUUCUGCGGCAUAUUCUCAACCCACACAUCCAGUUACACCGGUGAGACAUACUUGUCCUUCUUCAUUCCCCCGUUCCCAGGUGGCUGCAGCAGAUAUACGACGCAAACCUUCUCUUUAUAGAAUACCUGCGUGGCCACAUUUGUUAGAUAACAACAAAGCUUCCUCCUCUGGAGCUCUUGACGAACGUCAAAAUCCGACCUGUGUAGCCGAAAGUAACGACAUAUUUUUUCCACACUCUAAUACAACACAAGAAGCGAGACCUACUACUUCCCACACACAAAAUUCAAUCUCAUCUCUUCUCCAAACCCCAGUCUCACAUCCUUCAAGAUCACAAGCAUCGAUAUCCAUAUCCGCAUCCGCACCCGCAGCUAGACACUCCCCAAAUUUAAUCAUAGACAUAGCUCAAACGAGUCAAGAUACAUUUCCGUUUGCAGCAGUAGCGGCUAGACAUAAUAAACCUAUCCAAAAAGUUUUUGAUACUUUUUCGGCGAUAAUACAGUUGCCGCUACUAAAACAGGCAGCAGAUGGGAGGAGACACGGGCCAUUAGGGAGUGAGAGGAUGAGGAUGUAUAGGGAGGCUAAAAGGGCCAUGGAGAAGGCGAAUAGAGAGAGUGAAAAGGGCAGAAUUGAAAGUAAGCAGGGGAAAUGAGUGCGGAACUGUAAUAUGAAGUCAGGAUAUGAAAUAUGGGGAGUUGUGGUUGGAUUGAUGCCUUGCUUAACUUCUUUGGUGGGCAAUCUGAUUUUUAGAUAUUAUCGUCACUGGAAUUCAAUUCAAAAGAAGCUCUUAAUAGAUCUCAUCUCAAAUCUAGCUGCUGCUCGCUUGAGCCUUAUUUUGAAUAACAAUAUCAAUGUACCCGAACCA